AAUAUUAUCAUUAAGAUUUUUUCAAGUAUAUUAGAUUAGUCAAAUAUCUUUAAUUUCUAAAAUAAUUAGUACACUAUAUUGAUCGAGGCUCUUUCAUAAAACGGUGAAUACCCGAAAUGUCGUACACCAGCAAAUGCAACAACAACGAUAUUUGCAUCUCUGCUUUACACUGCAGGCAAGCAAGGAACUCGCGACUUUCAUGACUAUGGACUCAGACCGUGGUACAUUUAUUGACUGCCAUUGCCAUUUAGCUGCGGAUGAUUUCAAAGAGGACAUUGGUGAAGUGAUUUCAAGAGCUAAGGGGAAUGGAGUGGAGGCAGUAUUAGUAGUAGCAGAGCAUUAUGGAGAGUUUGAUAGAAUUAUCGAGCUGUCUCGAUCUUUUCCUGGCUUUGUGCUUCCAUGCCUAGGUGUUCACCCUGUUCAGGGCCUAAGUCCUGAUAUGCAAAGAAGUGUUACUGAGAGUGACAUCGUGGAAGCCUUGCCUGCUAUUGAGAAGUAUGCUGAUCAGCUUGUAGCUGUUGGGGAGGUUGGAUUGGAUUUCACUCCAAGAAAUGCUAAGACUUCUGAAGACAAAGACAUCCAGAGACUGGUCCUAUCAAAACAAAUACAACUAGCAAAGAGACUGAAUCUACCACUAAAUGUUCAUUCUAGAUCUGCAGGCAGACCCACUAUUGCAUUGCUCCAUGAACAAGGUGCUGAGAAAGUAUUGCUUCAUGCAUUUGAUGGCAAGCCAUCUGUAGCUAUGCAGGGUAUACAAUAUGGCUACUAUUUCUCCAUACCUCCUUCUAUAGUCAGGAGUGAACAGAAGCAAAAGCUUGUUAAACAGCUCCCUUUAGAGAGGAUUUUACUUGAGACUGAUUCCCCGGCACUGGCUGCAGAGAAACAAACAAGAAACGAACCCAGCAACAUCCACAUAUCAUGUGACUACAUCGCAGAGGUCAAAGGGGUGUCAGCAGAGACUGUUCGACAAGUAACCCGGGAGAAUACUUUGAAACUUUUCCCCCAAAUUCAAAGGUUUCUUAAAGCAAGAUGAGGACAUCUUAAAGGACUGCAAUUUGUCAAAUCAGAAUUUAUCUUUCAUAAUGACAGUUGAUGAGUGUGAUAGUGAUAGUGUAAUCAAUUAAAGAAGCUUACUGGUCACAAAAUGUUUUAUCGCCAUGGUUCAAGCAUCUAUGAUAUGACAUGUGUAAAAUCUUGAAAGGUAUUGGAUGGAAUGGAUUAGAAUAAAUGCAUCAAUCGGUCUGUCUCUUCAUCA